UUUCCAACCCAACCUUUACAUUGACUAGCACCUCAAACACAUGGAUCAGCUCACCACCACUGAGCUCCUCCAAGCUCAAUCCCACGCCUUGAACCUCAUCUUCGGUUACUUCAAAUCCAUAUCUUUCAAAGCUGCCAUCGAUCUCGGCAUCGCCGACAUCCUCCACAAACACGGCAAGCCCAUGAGCCUCGCCCAACUCACCACCUCCCUCUCCAUCCCCACCUCCAAGUCCGACCCUUUCCGGCGCCUCAUGCGCGCCCUCGUCCACCAAGGCAUCUUCUCCACAGAUCAAGAAACCCAAUCUUUAUACUCCCUCACUCCCACUUCCCAACUCUUGCUCCCUGGAAACUCUACUCCCAUAACUCCAUUUCUCAGCCUCAUCGUUGACCCAACCGUUAGCCAUCCUUCAUAUGAUCUAGGAUCAUGGUUUAAGUCCCCGGAGGACACACCGUUUGAGUUUCUUCAUGGGAAGGCGAUCAUUGAAGUGGCUGGUGAGAAGCCGGAGUUUAAAAGGUUGUUGAAUGAGGGGAAGGCGAGUUAUGCUGGGUUGGUGAUGGAUGCCGUGAUGAGGUCUUGUGGGGAUGUGUUUGGAGGAGUGGAGUCGUUGGUGGAUGUUGGUGGAGGGACUGGAGCGAUGGCGAUCGAGAUAAAGAAAGCGUUCCCGGAGAUGAAGUGCACUGUGCUUGAUCUGCCGCAUGUGGUCCAGGGCAAGAUAGAGAUUGGUGGUGUUGGUUUUGUCGCCGGUGAUAUGUUUGAAUCUGUUCCUCCGGCGAGUGUUGCCAUGUUGAAGUGGGUUCUCCAUGAUUGGAGUGAUGAGGAUUGUAUUAAAAUUUUGAAACGCUGUAAGGAAGCAAUACCAAAUAAGGACAAUGAAGGAAAGAUAAUAAUAAUAGAUACCGUUGUUGGUCCUACUAAGGACAACUAUGUCAGUGAAGUUGAGACACAAGUAUUAUUUGAUUUAUUGAUGCUUGUUACUGCAAGGGGAAAACAACGAAAUGAAAGUGAAUGGCGAAAUAUAUUUACUGCAGCGGGCUUCGAUCACUAUAAAGUUACUCCUUUAAUGGCUCUUCAAUCAGUUAUUGAAGUAUAUCCUUGAAAAUUACUAUAAGAAGAAUGAUAUGAUGUUAUUAUCUAUCCGAUACUUUGCAUAGAUUGACAUGUACAUAACACAUUGGUUUACAUUAUAAAUAUAGCAUUUGAGUAUUUUUCUC